CACAAGCGUUUCGCUAGAAAGGGGAGUCCACGGAGUUCUCCAAUCCCGCCAAUCAGAAUCUCUGGAAAUGCAUGCCUCGAGAUUUGUGAGCCAAACCAACAGUUUUGUUGACGGCUUGGAACCGAUCCUACGCCACGCAGCAAUCAGCAUGGUCUCGGGCGCAAACACGCGCCCUCUCGCGGCGGCCUUAGAGAAGCUUCAUGGGCACGCUUCUUUCCUCGGCAUUUCCAUACAAAGCCCCUCCUCAGCCCUCACAGUCUCACACUCCUCUCCUCUCGCUCUGUUUCUUGUUUCCCAAAACCCUAAUAAUCUCUCCAAUUCAUGGAAGAGCCUCAAUGCUCCAGAGCCAUUUUGCCUGCCUCACUCCCACCCGGUUGCCGUUUCUAUCCUUCUGAAGAGCAGCUCCUCUGUUACUAUUUAUCCAACAAGAACGCCGGCGGUAAUUUCCAUGGUUGCGAUCUGAUCAGGGAGAUUGACCUGUACGAUUACGAUCCUUCCCGAUUGCCUGAAAUCGCGUGCUUUUCCUAUGGUUAUCGAGGAAGGAAGAGGCAUUGGUACUGUUAUACUGCCAGGGUUUUGAAGGGUGCUAGAGGGAAGACUAGGAUGGUCAAGACCGGGUAUUGGAUGAGAAAGGGAGGGGCUAGGAAUGUUUUGAAUGGCGGUGGGAAUGUUGUCCUGGGCACCAGGACCACUUUCGUUUUCUAUCUGGGGAGUUCCUCCAAGAACGCUAGCAGGACGAAUUGGAUGUUGUAUGAGUAUGCAUUAGUUGAUCAUCUUAAGGCCUCAUUUGUUAUUUGUCGAGUGUUUUCUAAAGCAUGUCAUAAGAAUAGUGUGUCAGAGAAUGGUAUUUGUUCUUGUGCAGAGGAAAGUUUCUCGGCUAUACGUCACAUCGGCAUUCAGCAUGAUGGAUAUGUUCCACCUGAUAUGGUUGAGACUCAAAUGCGUGGCGAUGGCUCCAUUGAUAGAAAGAUUCCAGUGUCUCCCUUAACACCUCCUAGUGAACUAGAUGACAAUCAAAUUGCGGCUGCAUCAGCUUCUGUUGCUACUUUCCAGUGUUGUGCAGGUCCUCAAGACAGUCAAACGCAGGAAAAUGUUUCUGGACUUCCUGGUGGUGGUGCAAUAUUUGUUGGGGAAUUGGCAUCUCAGCAAGAUUUGCUUUCGAUUCUAGAGGAGGAUUUCAUUGAGUUGGAUGAUCUAGCUUGAUUUAGCUGAUUGGGAAAGAUAAGUGAAUAGUAGUCCUAAUCUCACGAUACAUAUGAUCUGAAACAGCUGUAUUUAGUAUGGGUUAACAAUCCUGCAAAUACACAAGGGUUUAGAAUAUUAAGUAACCCUUAUUUCCCUAUACAAUGGAGAAGCAUAAUUUUAAAUGAGGUUGCAGCAAAUGAAGUGGAAGGGUCACUUCACUUGUUAAGAUAGCAUGUUGAUAGAUCAAUAGAUGAUUGUAAAUACGCCACCGAACCCAUCAUGAGGAGUUAAUCAGCAGAUCUUUAGUUUGGGCAUGCAAUUUUUUGUUUUCGAGAUAUCUAAUGGAAGGCAAUUGCUCUGGAAGAUUACAUUUAGAGUUUGAUAUUUUUAGCUUCGUUAAAUGAGACAUGCAAAAGUUUACACUAGUAGGAGAGGAAUGUAAAACAGUCUACCGAUUGCCUCAUAAGAAGACUUCAUUCUUGUAAGCCUAGUGAAAGGCCAUGUGCUUAGAGAUUGAUAUACUUGGCUUUGAUAAAUGGAACUUACAAGCUUCUACACUGGUAUAAGCAGAAUAAGUGCAAUGUACGAAGUGUCUUGCGGGAAGACUUGUUUCCUUCUAGCUUAUUGUGUUUGCUGUUUCACAUCUUUUCAUGUGCAGAGGCAAUAUCAGGUUACUAUCAGUUAUGGAUCUCCACAAGUGUUAAAAUACAAUAUCUCGUUAUGUUAAAAUAUGAUAUCUUAUUUGCUA